AUGUUCGCCAGCGAUUUUAUUGAAAACGCCGUCCAGCGCACUUCGCUCCAAGACGUACCUCCCAAUAUGCAUGCAGCCCUCUCUUCUCUCCGCCAAAUCGUAUCGAUGCAGAAUAAAAUCUCUUCAACACGGGAGUUCCGUUUUCGCACCCAGCAACCCCUUCCGCCUGGAGGGUUACCAGAACUUCCCAUGCCACCGAUGAAUGCUGUUGUCGCUCUGCUGAAGCACAUGAAAAUUUCACCUCCUGGAAUCUUCUCUCUUGCAUGCUCUUUUCUAGAUGUCGAUGAUUUGGCUGAGCUUUGUCGAAGAGUUUACUUUUGUACUGACACCUUCGCUGACACCACCUUUGUCAUUGUCAACGGCGCCCUCUUCUACCUGUUUAUGGAACAGGCCUACCUGGCCACAGAUGCCGCCGCAAGAGAAGAGUUCGAAAGGUUUCAACACAUGUGCCAGGGCAAUUUGGAGACGGCCUUGUCCUGUUUGCCCCUUAUGCUUCCCGCGAAAAUGGAAAGUAUAGAAGCACUGCUUGUGGCGGCUGUAUACUCGGUGGACGUCUCCAAAGCCUCCCUUGCUUGGCUAUUUACUUCCACUGCGGCUAGCCUAUGCCAAACUUUGGGUUACCAUCGCGUCUCACGGGCCAGGAGCGAAAGUGCUGGUCCAAGAGACAUCAAGACACUCUUAUUUUGGCAUGCCUACAUGUUGGACAAGGCUCUAUCGUUGAGAACUGGUAGAGCCUCUGUCAUUCAAGACUGGGAUAUCACAUUGCCAAGAAGAGUUGACAACACAAUGGUAGCAGAUCCCUGGGGAAUCGUUAUUACGGCGUGGAUCCAGCAAGCAGAGAUCCAGCACCGCGUCUACGAGCAAUUAUACAGUCCCGUGGCCUUGGCCCAGUCCGAGGAGGAGCGCAUCGAAACUGUACGACGCCUAGAGGCUGAGCAAAAGGCCAUAAUGGCUGCCGCCUCAAAUGUGCGAGAACAAGCACUGUUCGGUUUGAAGGCUCUCAACGCCUCAUCCUUACUAGACAUACACCUUCGGGGUGACGAGCUUACCUUCCAGUCGACCCUGACCUUGAUCUACCGAGCCCUACCAGCCCCGGAAGGUUCUCCAACCCGGUUUUCCCAUGAAUGUAUUGAGACGGCUCGUUUUGCCAUGCAGCUGCAUCUUGAAUGCAUGCAGAGAAUUGCUGAAGAAGGGCGGCAUCUCAAGACAGUCUAUAUCCAUUGGGCGAUCUUGUCGACACCAUUUACGCCCUUCUUCGUUCUUUUCUGUCACGUCAUCGAUACAUCCAGCACUGAGGAUCUCAAGCGAUUGAAUGAUUUCGUUACCUCCCUUAAGCCCGCCUGCGCACUAUCAGAGCCAGUGGAAAAGCUGCAUCAACUCUGCCAAAUGCUGUACAAUGUGGCGGUUUUAUAUGUAGAGACUAAGUCGCAACAGUCGGAAGAGCGGGAUCCCAUCAACGAUGAGUUCGACGUGUAUCUCAGUGCUCUAGGAUUCCCUCCAACCGAAUAUCCCAUUCAGGGUAUAGAAACCAGCGGCCUUGACCAACCCAAUUUGCAGACUACCCAGCUUGGAAACUGGUUUUCAGGAAGCCAGUACAUGAUGGGAUUACUCGAGGAAGACUUAUCUCAAUUCAAUUGA